CUUUCUUUACGGCGUCAGCGGCCACUACCUCUAGUUUGGGAAUGAAAACUAACGGCGCCGCAAACACCGCCUCGAUUUAUAUCUAAAUCCGCGUCCCGAGACGAGCAACCAACUCUUGCCCCGAGAUCUCUCCCCAUCGUGAUUAAGAUCGAGAUCGAUCGACGAAACCCUAAUCUGUCCCGAUAUCUCUCCCCCUUGGAAACCCGAAUUCGCCAUCAGAUUCGCUUCAUUACCUUCCGAGUUUGUCGGAGGUCAGCGGACCGGCAGCGAAACCCUCGUCUUCGAUUCGAGAGGAUUGAGGCCCCGGAAGGAGGUGGAGGACGGGGAAGUGGUUUUCUCGUCGGAUGGGAGUGGAUUCGUGGCGAAAGAUUGGAUUUUGAGGCGAAACGGACGGACUUUUAGGUUGGGGGCGUUUCAGCUUCUCGUUUGCAGAAUUCUCUUCUAUUUAUUAGUAAAAAUCCUAUAUUUUUUCUUUGGGUGUUCGAAGCUUUAACAUCUUGGGAAAGAAAGGGAUCCCGAAGCUGAUCUUAUUGAAGUUUAUGAGAGAGAGCAAAAUUCCCAUUUGAGAACUUGAUCUAGAGAAGAUGCAGUCCAACACCAGAAUUCAUUCCGACCCAUACCUCAGCGAGGACCAUUUUGAUCAGAUACCCGACUCUCUGGUGCUCCUCAUCUUCAACAAGCUAGCAGAUGUUCGGUCCCUUGGCCGCUGCUCUGCUGUCUCAAAGCGCUUCAAUUCCCUCGUCCCCCUCGUCCAUGAUGUCUAUGUUAGGAUUGACCGUGUUGUUACUGUUGAUGGUGAUCCCAACGACCCCCUAAACCUAUCUUCUCCGAAACCCCGAAACCUCCUGUCCCAGCUCCUGAAGCUCAUGCUCUUCACUAUUCUCAAACCCUUCCACCACCUUCAGAACCCCAAUGGUGGGAACAAAUCCUUCCUUCCCCAACUAUCCCACCACUCACCUGCCCAGGUCCUGAAGAACUUCACCGACAUUCGCAACCUUAGGAUUGAACUCCCUGCCGGUGAUGUCGGAACGGAAGAUGGGGUCCUUUUGAAAUGGAAGGCAGAAUUUGGCAGCACUCUCCAGAACUGUGUCAUAUUGGGGGGCACUCGGAUGGACCGCAAACCAGCUUCGUCCAAUCAGGAGCAGUCGGCGGAAGACAAUGGGAGUAUACCUGAGUCGUUCUAUACAAAUGGAGGUUUAAAAUUGCGUGUUGUUUGGACAAUCAGCUCUUUGAUUGCUGCAUCAACAAGGCAUUACCUUCUUUGCCAGAUAAUCAAGGAUCACCCGACAUUGAGGAGCUUGGUUUUGACAGAUGCUGAUGGGCAAGGGACACUAACCAUGGGGUUAGAGCAGCUGAGGGAGUUCAGAGAAAAGCCAUUGGCAGCCUCUGCAUCAUCAAGUAGGACUCAGGUGCCGGCAUCCAACAUGAAGUUGAGGUAUGCUCCAUACUUGGAGCUCCCCGAGGGAAUGGGAAUGCAGGGUGCUACACUAGUGGCAAUCAAGCCUGCUGGAGAGGGCAGCAGUGGCAGCAAUAGCAGCAGGAAGGAGGCAGAGGCAUUUGUUUCUGGGGCCUUUGACGGACCAUUCAAGGUGGCAGUGAAGGCAUUGUUGAAGCGGCGCACCUACCUUUUAGAGAUGAAUGGUUUCUAGAUCAUUUAGCAUCAUGGCUGAGUUCUCUUGCCACGUCCUCUGAUGGUUCAUAGUUUGCCUCUUUUUAUGGAACCAUUUGCAGACUGCUACAUCUACAGAGUUGAGGUCUUUACUGGCCAUCUUCUGUUAACGAUCUCUUACCUUUUUCCUAGAAUCUGUACAGUAAUAAUAUCUGGUCUAUCUAUGAGCUAUAUGACAUAAGAAGGUAAUUUCCAUGUAUUUUUCUAUGUUCAUGAAAUGUGCUAUUGCUUCUUGCGAAAAAGCAAUCACAAUAUCUGUUUCUUAUGCGGUGUUUGGUUUUCUCUCUGCUUCAGCA